AUGCCGGUGAUGCGAGGUUUGCUUGCCCCGCAGAACACCUUCCUUGACACCAUCGCCACCCGUUUCGAUGGCACCCACAGCAACUUUGUGCUUGGGAAUGCCCAGGUGCAGUCUCUCUACCCCAUCGUGUACUGUUCUGAUGGUUUCUGUGAGCUGACUGGCUAUGCCAGGGCAGAGCUAAUGCAGAAGAGCUGUGCGUGUCACUUCCUGUACGGACCAGAGACCAGUGAUAGGCUGACGGCACAAAUCCAAGGAGCUCUGGAUGAACGGCGAGAGUUUAAGACUGAGCUAGUCUUCUACAAAAAAGGAGGUACCCAGUUCUGGUGUCUGUUGGACAUUGUGCCCAUUAAAAAUGAGAAGGGGGAGGUUGUUCUGUUCCUGGUCUCCCACAAAGACAUCACAGACAACAAGAAGAACCAGGAUCCAGAGCAAGGCCCUGAAACAGAUGAAGAAACUGGCCUGGAGGUGCACAGGGUCACACGACCCCCUGGUUUCAACGCUAACCGUCGGCGAAGCAGAGCCGUGCUCUACCAUCUCUCUGGUCACCUGCAGAAACAAGACAAAAGCAAACUCAAGAUCAACAAUAACAUGUUCGGGGAGAAGCCGCCCAUCCCAGAAUACAAAGUGGCCGCAAUCCAGAAGUCUCGAUUCAUCUUGCUCCAUUAUGGCACUUUUAAGGCGGGCUGGGAUUGGUUGAUUCUUUUGGCCACCUUUUACGUGGCGGUCACCGUACCCUAUAAUGUCUGUUUCACCGUGGUGGGAGGGCGGGAUGAGGUGUCGACCCCUAGAAGCCCUCCAAGUGUGAGUGACAUCCUGGUGGAGAUUCUUUUUAUGCUAGAUAUCGUGCUAAACUUUCGUACCACGUUUGUGAGCACUACAGGCCAGGUGGUGUACGAUGCCCGCUCUAUCUGCGUGCAUUACGUCACCACCUGGCUCUUCGUGGAUCUAAUCGCUGCGCUCCCUUUUGACUUGCUUUACGCAUUCAACGUCAGUGUGUAUUUCGGAGUUCACCUGCUGAAGACUGUGAGGUUGCUGCGUCUCCUUCGCCUACUGCAAAAGCUGGAACGCUACUCGCAGUACAGCGCUGUCGUGCUAACGCUGCUCAUGUCCAUGUUUGCUCUGCUGGCCCACUGGAUGGCUUGUGUCUGGUACUUCAUAGGCCGUCGUGAAAUUGAGAACAACAGCCCUGGAUCCUGGGAUAUUGGCUGGCUGCAUGAGCUUGCUAAACGUCUGGGCACCCCGUACUUUCUCUCCCCUCUGUCCUCUAUCCUUCCCGAAUCUCUGCGACCCAGUUUGUUGGAUGAAUCUGGCACCAACGCCAGUCAGUGGAACACAUCGUUGUCUGACCUGGUGGGACGGGACUCUCCAUGGAACUCAAGCCAGUGGAAUAUCACAGGAGCCGGAGCAGUUGGUGAUGCCGGUGCGGGACCGACCGGUUCGGUCCUGGGAGGCGGGCCAUCUGUGCGAAGCUCCUACGUGACCUCGCUGUACUUUGCUCUGAGCAGUCUGACGAGCGUGGGGUUUGGCAACGUCUCAGCCAACACCGACUCGGAAAAGAUCUUCUCCAUUUGUACCAUGCUGAUUGGGGCGUUAAUGCACGCAGUGGUCUUCGGUAAUGUAACGGCCAUCAUCCAGCGUAUGUAUUCCCGCCGUUCGCUUUACCACACACGGACCAAAGACCUGAAAGACUUCAUUCGCGUUCACCGGUUACCGAAGGCUCUGGCUCAGCGCAUGUUGGAGUGUUUCCAGACCACUUGGUCCGUCAACAACGGCAUCGACGUCAGUGAGCUGCUGAAGGACUUCCCGGAUGAGUUGCGAGCGGACAUCGCCAUGCAUCUGAAUAAGGAGUUACUGCAGUUGCCUCUGUUUGAGUCGGCGAGUCGCGGCUGCCUCCGCUCUCUCUCUCUCAUCAUCAAGACAUCUUUCUGUGCACCGGGAGAGUUCCUCAUCCGUCAGGGAGACGCUCUGCAGGCCAUCUACUUUGUGUGCUCUGGUUCUAUGGAGGUCCUCAAAGACAACACUGUGCUGGCUAUAUUAGGUAAAGGAGACUUAAUUGGCUCUGACUCCCUGACUAAAGAGCAGGUGAUAAAGACCAACGCUAAUGUGAAGGCGCUAACCUACUGUGACCUGCAGUACAUUAGUCUCAAGGGGCUUAGGGAGGUACUGCGCCUCUACCCGGAAUACGCCCAGAAAUUCAUCAGCGAAAUCCAACACGACCUCACAUACAACCUACGAGAAGGCAGCGGAGUCGACGUGGAUUGGGAGAGCAAUGGUGGGCUUGUGAAGAAACUGCCCUCGAUCCGUGAGGAUGAGGAAGGCGACGAAGAGCAGAAUUCAGUGUCACGGGCUCCACGCUCACCCCUGCGGCUGACCCGGGGUCUCAGCUCACCCCUCCGCUCUCCUCUGCUCCCCCCUCGACCUUUCCGCCCUCCCUCUGAUCACAGCCGUCCUGCAACGCUGCAAAUCCCUGUAGUCAGCUUCAGCAGCGUUCCACCUGAACUUAGCCCCAGGUUUGUGGACGGUAUUGAGACGGAGAGCAACGUGAACUCUGCCCAGAGGUUUGAAUUUAGUUCUAACCUACCUCAGAGUGGCCCUCCAUCUCCCGGAGCAGUGAGCCAAGAACAGAUGGAGACAAGGCAGAGCAUCACUAAACUGAGUGAGGAGAUGACCAGUUUGUCCCAACAAGUCUCCCAGCUGAGCCAGGAGCUCCAGGAGAUGGCCCGAUUACUCCGGCCUCUUCUCCUCGUUGGUUCUCAGCCACUUCUGACAGCCAUAUCACCCACGCUCACUGCUCCGACCUGCAGCACCAGCGGGACCUCCAUCCCCACGCCUCAAGUCCCACCUCCUCCAGCACCACCCUGCUCUCCGCUCAGGCCAUCCUGCUCCCUAUUGGACAGCGCAGACCCUGGGGGCAUGAGUCUCCCCAGCUGCCUCGUACCCACCUCACCUCCACAAAGAUCCACAGCCCAGCCACAGACACCACCAUCAGGCUGCUCCAAUAGCUCACCCAAGUCCACCGUGCAGCCUCCAGAGUUAAUCCAAACAAAGGGAUCUGGGCAAUUAAACAGUAGCUCCCUUGGCUCCAGCACUGGUUUUCCCCAGGCUGGCCAGGACAGGCCAGCAUUGGUCUCACGCACUCCUUCCCCAUCUCUUUCCUUCUCUCUCUCCAUGUCCUCCUCUCGUUCUCAGUCACCCUGCCUCUCUCCGUGUCAGGGGCCACACCUUUCCCGUCUUGCCAGUCACAACCGAGGGCUGCUCCCCCCACCCCCUUCACAGGACACUCCGCCCCCGCCGCCCUCCCAUUGCUCAGCCCCUGCGUCACUCAGCAGUUCCCCCGGUGACUGCAGAUUACGGCUCACCUCCUCUUCAUCUCCAGCCACUCCUCUGAACCCACCUCCACCUUGUACCCCUCCCUCCUGUCCGCACCCCUCUCCUCUCUCUCCCUCCUCUCUGGACUCUCUGAGAGACACCCAGGCCUCCUUUGGCUCUUCAUGGCCCCAGCAGACUUCCAGUGCAGCCAAGGGGAGCACUGGAGCUGACUCCCCAAAGCUGGAGAUAGAAAUGCAGGAGUGGGAUUCAGGCAAUCAGUCCCAGACAGAGCACAUCAGUUUCAUUGAUGAAGAAGGACCGCCACUGUGA